AUGGUGCAUCCACGGAAAGAGCGUGAAGCUCCACUGCCACCUGUGCCGUCAGCACCAAUCGUCUCACAGAACAACGCCCCCAUGACCCCUGAAACCGUGGCGCCUCAAGCAAGCGCUACCACUACUACCUCCACCUUCGUCACUACCACGCCCUUGCAGCAACCGCCUCUUGGACCACGCCCACCCACCGGCCCCAAGAAGAAUAAUAUGCGCAAUCGUGGACGUCCAGUAGACUGGAAACGAAACUCUGGCAUGGUGGAUAUCAGUCCGGAGAAACCGGAACUGAUUUCCUUUGAUGUGCCUCAAGUUCUGGCACCACGCCCUCCGGUACUGGCACCACGCCCUCCAACAUCAAAACCAGACGGCAACCGCAAACACGCCAAUCUGGCACCACGCCAUCCGACAUCAAAACCAGACGGCAACCGCAGACACGCCAAUCUGGCACCACGCCAUCCAACAUCAAAACCAGACGGCAACCGCAGACACGCCAAUCUGGCACCACGCCCUCCAACAUCAAAACCAGACGGCAACCGCAAACACGCCAAUCUGGCACCACGCCCUCCAACAUCAAAACCAGACGGCAACCGCAGACACGCCAAUCUGGCACCACGCCCUCCAACAUCAAAACCAGACGGCAACCGCAAACACGCCAAUCUGGCACCACGCCAUCCAACAUCAAAACCAGACGGCAACCGCAGACACGCCAAUCCGGCACUAUAA